AAAACCCAUAAAAUUUUUAGUUCGAGUGGCGAAUUGAAUGAAAAUUGGACUUCUAGUUGUCCAAAAGUGACCACUGAAUUGGCUGAAAGUCUAAUGACUUGAGUUUUCUAUUGUUCGUUGAAAACUAUUGAAGUUUGAUUUCGUUUAUAGAGUAAAGAUCAGACUCCGCAUUGUUAGUUGCUGCUGCGCUUCGCGGAGCGCGCUGCCGGAAAAUGGAGAGUUUUUGAUUUUUGAAAAUUGACAACAAUUAUGAAGGAGAAUUUGUUCGGGAACUAGAAAAGAUUCUAAACUCGUUAAUGCACCUUUUUGAUUAUUAUUGAUUAAUUUCACUGUUUUUUGCGUUAUAUUCGGACAUUUGUUUUGUUGUGGAGAAGCUUGGCGCGCUGGUGUUCGCGAGUGUUGGAUAAUUCGCAGAGUUCGGCUUCGGCUGUUGUGCCAGUAGACAUACUACUACAGCUACAGUAAAACAGGAAUUGCCGGUAUAAAUGGAUCUCAGAAAUUUUUUCCUGGUCAUAUGCGUUUUCGGACUCUCAUGGAGGAGCACAAGUGCUCUCGCGACGAUGUCAAUCGAUUUAAGUAGCGAAUUUUUAAAAAUCGCCAUUGUGAAGCCUGGAGUGCCGAUGGAAAUCGCAUUAAAUUCCGAGUCACAGCGAAAGACGCCCUUGGCGGUUGCCAUAAGGAAUGGAGAAAGGACGUUUGGAGAAGCGGCGCUCAGUACGUGUGUUAGAUCUCCGAAGAAUUGCUUCGUGUUUUUCCUUGAUCUCUUGGGCAAAAAUGUGAGCCACCCGCUGACGCAGCUGUAUCGAGAACGUUUUCCACAGUAUGAUUUGGUUGACGAUCCGGUAUCCAAACGAGUUGCGUUCAAAAUCGACAGCGACACCCAGUUUUCGCCGGAAGAAUUGUUGGCUAUGAUUUUGAAGUAUGCCAAGACGCUGGCCGAAAAAUAUGCUGAGCAUCCGAUGUCCGAAGCUGUGAUCGCUGUUCCCCCGUAUUUUACACAAAUUGAACGACUGGCUAUCGAAGAAGCCGCUCGCCUGGCUGGCCUGAAAAUUCUUCAGUUGCUAAAUGAUAAUACUGCCGCUGCGGUUAACUAUGGAGUGUUUCGUCGGAAAGAAAUGAAUGCCACAAUGCAGCAUAUUAUGAUAUACGAUAUGGGAUCGACGGGAACAACUGCGACUGUUGUCGGUUAUGAACUUAAUAAACCCAAAGAGGGUGGUGAAAAUGCAGUCUUGCAUGUCAAAGGUGUUGGAUAUGAUCGCACUUUGGGCGGACUGGAGAUCGAUCUGCGUUUACGACAAUUGUUUGUCAAGAAAUUUUUGGAGAAAACAAAGAAAGAUGCCUCAAAAAACCCUCAAGCUUUAGUUAAACUGCUAAAAGAGGCUGCAAGGGUGAAAAAAGUUUUGAGCGCCAACACCGAAUUUGUGGCUCAGGUCGAAGGAUUGAUGGAUGAUGUUGACUUCUCGUACAAAGUUUUGAGAUCGGAACUCGAGUCCACUUGUGAAGAUGUUUUCAAUCACAUUCCACGAGUUGUCGAGCAGGCAUUGGAGGCAUCAGCCGUUCCACUGGAAGAAAUACAACAAAUUAUCAUUAUCGGUGGAGGCACCCGUAUCCCUAAGGUGCAGGAGAAACUCUUGACCGCUGUAAAAAGGAGCGAACUGCAGAAAAACUUAAACAGUGACGAAGCCAUCGCUUUAGGCGCAGUUUACCAGGCAGCUCAUUUGAGUAAAGGGUUCAAGGUGAAGGCUUUUGAAAUAACUGACGCAGUUGUUAUUCCCAUUGCCGUGCAGUUUGAACGUGGAUCUUCAAAAGAGGGCGCGGAGGCGAACGCCGAGUCCACAAAUCGGUUGGUCAAACGGGUUCUCUUCGCGCGAUCCAACAGUUAUCCCCAGCGCAAAGUGCUGACUUUCCCCAAGCAUACCGCCGAUUUUAAGUUUACGGUGCAAUAUGCCGAACAUGAUUUCCUUUCAGCAACUGAACAAGCAUAUAUCGCAAACGGAUUGGAUUUCCAAAUUGAUCUCCAAGGGGUUGCCGAGGCGUUUGAGAAAAAUAAAGAAAAGCGCUCGAAGGGUGUCAAAGCCCAUUUCCAGUUAGAUGCCAGCGGUAUCUUCUCACUUGACAAUGCGGAAGUGGUUUUUGAAUUCGAAAAAGAGCAGGAAAUACCAUCUACCAUGGAGAAAAUCGGACAGUCUAUUACUAAUUUCUUUUCGGGAUCCCAGUCGAACGACUCAGCUGCUUCUAAUGCAACAGAGUCCGCGAACGCAGACGUUAAUGCUGCUACCGGCGUGGAAUCAGCUCUGAAUGGAACUGAAAAGCCCACUGAAGAUACUGGCAAAGUGUUCAGCACCACGGUUGUCAACAAGACCGUUACCACAAAAGAAAAGCUCAAGCACGGCGUGACAAGAAUGGAUUUUGCAGAGUAUAAGGAGAAAGAAUUUCAGCAAAGCAAGAAGAGAUUGUCAGCAAUGGAUGAUAAAGACAGAGAAAAAAUGGAGCGAGAGAAGGCCAGAAACGUUUUGGAGACGUACAUUUUUGAUAUUCAGGACAAGAUCUAUCAACCAGCUUACGAGAAGGUAUCAACGGAAAAUGAACGGGAAUCAGUCCUUAAAGUUUUUCGAGAAGCGUCGGACUGGUUGGAAGAGGAAUCAUCCAUUCAAGCUGCUUCGGUUUAUAAAUCAAAACUGAAAACCUUGGAAGCAGCUAUAAAAGAUAUCGCUGAUCGAGUUUUAGAACACAAGAAACGCCCUGAAGUCCUGUCGGACAUGGCAAAAUCGAUUGAUUUGGCCAAGACGUUCUUAGAAGUUAUGUCUAACGGUAGCUUGGAUGGUGUGUUUACCGAGGUGGAAGUUGAAGGCUUGAAGAAACUGAUAAAAGAAACGGAAGAAUGGCGCACGACAAAUGUGGGGCUUCAGGAAAAGUCACCGCUGACCAGCGCUCCUGUAUUCAAGGUGGCUGAUGUUGUAGAAAAAGGCAAAACAUUGGACCGAGAAGUGCAGUACCUGCUGAAUAAAUUAAAAAUUACCAAGACGAAAGCAAAGGCGGAUAAGGCAUCGAAAGAGAAAAAGACGGAUGGUUCUGCAAAAUCUGAGAAUGGUACCUCGGCUGCUGAAGAUGCUGCACGAGAAUCGAAUGCAUCUGGACAGGAAGAUAACAAUCCUGUGGAGGAAGGCAGUGAAGAUACAAUUCAAAAGGAAGAGAACGAAAACCAGUCAGCUAAUCAAACCGUUGCGGAAGGUGAAGAAUCCAUAACGCAUUCUCCCGAGGAGUUAUGAUUGUUUUUGUGAUACGUCAUUAAUUUAUGAAGUUAAAAGCAUUCGUUUGGGAUUCCUUUUUUGGUUAAGAGUUUUGAAUCGUCUUGUUUCAAGUGGCUUGCUGCUGUUCUCAAAAAGGUUUGAUAGUUGAUACCGUUUUUGAAAGGAACUAUCGACUUAUAAAGGAAGGAACUAUCGUAAA